GGGGAACAUCCGCUCUCAGUCCCGCCCGGAGCAGAGCCUCAUGUCCGGCUUUGGCCUGGUCCCGGUGGACGGCGGGGAUUUAGUCAAGCUGUCGCCGGGUGAAACGGUGCUGGGUCGGGGUCCCUUGCUCGGGAUCAGUGACACCAGAGUUUCCAGACACCACGGGCUGCUGGAGAACCUGAAUGGAAAGCUGCGACUCAAACCGUGUUUGACGCUGUUCAGGUCAACCCAACAUGCAUGUUCAGCAGUGGGUGCUUUCGCUCAGAGAAACUCAUACUUCACCUCCUCCCAGCAGACUCAUGUGAAUCCAUGCUUCAUCCUGUCGUCCGUGAACGUUGACCCCCGACCCCUAGAGAAAGGUUCCUGGCACCAGCUUCAUCCUGGAGAUCUGCUCUCUCUGCUGCCGGGUCGCUUCAUCUACAGGGUGGAGGCUGUGGGUGGAAAGGAGAGCACUCCCAGAAACAGUCAGAACUUAGAAGAAGAAGAAGAGGGAGAGCUUCCUGUUCCUGACGAUGUGGAGGCUCCUGCUGGUGGACCAGAGCAGGAACAGAUGUCAGAUCCAGACGGGAAUGAACCCAGUAGAGAUUUCAUACAGGACGACUCGACUCGAUGGUUGGGCAUUCAGAACGACGAGCCUCGACCCGCUUCCAGGAGGAGAGUUUUACCUGCAUGGAUGAUGGCAGUUGUCACAGCUCCAAAGACUCCUGCUGCUGCUCCAAAAGUUCAGUCAGGUGUGAAGAGGAGUAAACUAGCAGCUGCAUCUUCAGCCACACAGGCUACGGCCACUACAUCCUCCUUACCUUCAGGAGUGGAGCUCCAUGAUGAGGAAAAGAGACCAACAAAGAAGAGUAGGAAGCUGAGCAGAGAGGAAGAAAAUCUUCCAACACAAAUGGAAGUUCCUUCAGAGGAGUCAACCUCCAGACUUCAGGUUAAACCUAGUGGGUCAGGGUUCAGCUCUUACUUUGACCACCUCAGUACGGAGCUGGAAGAUGAAGGAAAAGGAGAAGGUUCCUCACAGAAAGCUGAAACUAGAAAAUCACCGACGGAGGAGAAGUCCCAGUCCCGGGUCAGAACACCUUGUCCGUACGGGAAGGACUGCUACAGGAAGAACCCACUUCAUUUUAAUGAGUGCAGUCAUCCCGGAGACUCCGACUACGAGGAAGAGGAGGAAGAGGAGGAGGAUCGACCAGAGUGUCCUUACGGCACCGACUGUUAUCGGAAAAAUCCUCUCCACAGGAAAGAGUUCAAACACACAAAGAAACCUGCUCGCUCGGCUCGAAGCAUGGCCAAAAACACCCCAGAUGAAGGUGUCUCUGAUGAUGAGGAUGACAGCUUCAUUAACGAUGACAGCGAUGACCUCGGCAAUGACUCGGACUAUGUGCCUCCGGGCCCAGACGACAGCGAGCAGGAGGACGUCCAGAGACUACAGAAGGAGGCAACGGCCUACCUGAAGAAAGGGAGGAGGUAGAUGGAGGAAGAUCCUUCGGUCUUGAUGUGGGUUUAAAGAGGGUCACCUUCAGCCUGCUGCUGCAGGUCACAUGAUCCGUUUAGUGUAAUGUCAAGAAAUGAAUGAUUGUUCAAUAAUUUAGCAGUGCAGGACAAAAACUCCACUUUUCCAUAUUAUUCAUGAUUCAAGGGAGUCAGCAGCUGGACAGGAAACACUAAAUAAAUCCGAGGCUGAGGACCGAAAAUGUCUUUGACACUACAGGCUUUAUUUACUCAGAUUAGAACAAAGAUUUAGAGCCUGGCACCAAUGUGAAGAAGAAAAGAAAAUAGUUUUUACUUAUUAAGUUUUCUGAGUAUUGUCCUGUGUGGUUUUUCACAAUAAAGGUCUUGUAGGUGUUCGUGUAGACUUUUAAUGUUAAAAACAUGAGGAAAUCUUCAUUUGCCUCAGAGCAAACAGGGAUAAACUGUUUUUAUUCAAUCAUCUUUUCUUUAACAGAUUAAUUUGUUUCCUCUUUGCUGCAUUUCUUUAACAUUAAAAGCGUUCAUGCAGUGUGUGAUGGAUGGGCUCUUAAUUUGAAAAACCCCAAAAGGUCUUCAUUAUUUUUGAGAACAGCCAAAAAGAAAUAGUUGAACUUAUGUGACAUAAACACCAAAAGAGGUUUUGUUUCAUCUGCUUGAGAUAUUAAGUCAGUGUCGGGACUUUUAUUGUGAAAGGUCAGGGCAGCCUACAGUUAUCAGAAAUUUAACAAAAACCUAAACCUGAACUGUGAAAAUAAAAUAAACUUCUCCAAGCUCCUA